ACGGGUUAACAAUACGUCGACGUUUGAGAGAAAAUCGUUGCGAGGGUUUCGGACAUGGUCAGUGCUCUAAUGCCACAAACGCACCUCCUUCUUCUGGCGGAGAUUCCUUUGAGGUUUCUACGUUGGAACAAACCGAGGCGAAGAAAGGAAUGAAGGAGCACGACGAAGACGUCAUCACCAAUGCCGUUUCGGGUAGCGCGGUUCGGCGCACGCGCUCGCAGGCGGAGCCGGACUGGAGCGUGACAGAGUCGCUGAUUCUGGUGAACGAGGUCGCGGCGGUGGAGGCGGACUGCUCCGUCGCGCUCUCCUCGUACCAGCAGUGGAACAUCAUCGCCGAGAAUUGCGCCGCUCUCGACGUGCCGCGGAGCCUCCCGCAGUGCCGCCGCAAGUGGCGCGCGCUGCUCAACGACUACGACGGCGCCAGAGGAGAGAGGCGCGCGCUGCCGCCGGGCUUUGAGCGCGAGGUUUUCGAGGCCGUCGAGCGCGUCGUGAGAGCGCGUGAGGAGCGGGGGCUGGUUGAUCCCGAGAGCGAUGAUGAAGAAGAUGGGAACGAUGAACAUGACGCCACUGUGGAAAUCGGGUCCAAAAGAAAAAGGCAACGAAGUAAAUCGAGACACCAAGUUCAAAAGCCUAAGAAAUUUCAUGAACAAAGGCCUGAUGACAGCCAUGAAGAAGGACCGGAGGAUGAUGAUAAUUCAGAAGACGAGUAUUUGAAAGACUUCCUAGAAUCAAGACCCAAAUUGAAAGGUACUGCAGAAAGGCCUCCAAAGCACUUGGUGAUGCCACCAAAGAGCCUUGGCGAAGUAGAGCUUAAUGAAAACUACCACCAAAUUGAAAGGCCGAAGCCGAUCGGCACAGAAAGGAUAACAAUUAGCAGGGAAGAAAAUGAGGAAACAUUGUCUCUGAAACUGCAAGAGUUGGCAGUAGAGAUUGAAGCAAUUGCUAGUGAAUCAGCAGCAGACUAUAAAGGAGGUGGCUCACAAAAUUUAGAGGACUCGUAUGACUUUACAAGAGGCCAAGGGGACAAGCUCAUAGUAAGCCUGGGAAAUUUCUUCAACACCCUUAAGUGUCUAUGUGAUACUCCCCAAGAGUGCAAAUGAACAUUACAAUGUUCUUUUGUAACUAUUUUCUAUUCUGGUCAGUGAUAGAAUGAAGCAUAGUUGAAUGUUGUUUCUUUAUUGUGUAGACUCUCUGGUUGUGUUCAAUCACUGAUGCUGCUCAUGUGAAAGUAAUUUAUUACAGCUUAACGAGACGCAUUUGUUUACUAUUCUAACUAUGAAUUUAACGUUUUCCUCAAA